GUCCUCAGAAGCUGCUGUUGGCUUUGCCUGCCCUCUCUCGCAGAAGUCGCGAACGGUCUACCGAGCUUAUAUCCACUUUUGUAAGAGCUCCAAAAACCCGCCAACAAAACCUUUCUAGGGUUGCUUGUAAUUGAAGCUUGGUUAUGGCGUCCCAUACUCUCUCAGCCAUCGUAAUCCCGCUUUCGGCCUUGCAACCUUCUCAGGGAAACUACAGUAGUGCUUCUUCUCCUCUGCUUCCAUGGCGUCUCCACCCGACCAAUCUCUCGACCUCCUGUGUCGGCCGCCAACUCUUGAUUCGGCCCACGAAUUUCAAGAAUUUAGCUUCAAAGCGCCGCCCCGCCAUUGCCACGGUGCUUUUCAGCCUCCCAACUGCGAAAACGGAUAGGGCUUCUAACGAGAAAAUCCCAAACUGGUCCGCGAGGGCAAUAAAGUCGUUUGCCAUGGCGGAAUUAGAAGCGAGGAAGCUAAAGUACCCGAAUACCGGUACCGAGGCGCUUCUGAUGGGGAUUUUGGUUGAGGGAACAAGUGUAGCUGCAAAGUUUCUAAGAGCUAAUGGAAUCACACUUUUCAAGGUGCGAGAAGAAACUGUAAAUUUACUUGGGAAAUCUGACUUGUACUUUUUCAGCCCUGAGCAUCCUCCAUUGACUGAACCAGCUCAGAGAGCCCUUGAUUGGGCUGUUGAUCAGAAAUUAAAGUCAGGUGAGAGUGGUGAAAUAACAACAGCGCACCUGCUUCUUGGGAUUUGGUCUGAAAAGGAAUCAGCUGGUCACAAGAUAUUGGCAUCUCUUGGUUUUAAUGAUGAGAAAGCAAAAGAACUUGCCAAAUCUACGGACAAGGACUAUGUUAUGAACUAUAAAUAGGCAACGUAGAGAUCAAAUAACCUCUUGAAAAAAAUGCUACUUGUUUCUGGUGGAUUAAACCUUCUCCGACACAGUUUUCUAAAGACAUUUUGAGGAAGUUGCUCAGAUGGGUGUAUUUCAGACUUCGAUACCAAAUGCGUCGAAAAAAUAUUUGGACAAGUUGACAUCCGGGCUCUCUUCGGAGGAAGUUUGUGAAAUUCAGAUCUUCAAAAAGCAUAAACGAGAUUAUUGUUUUUAGCUUCUGAAAUAUCAUGCUAGUUCACUUGUUUCUCUUUUCUUCUCGCAUAGUGGCCGCGUUGUUUCCCUGGGAGUUGUAUUGACAUUUUCAGGAAACAAAGGAAAGGAUAAUUUCUUUC